CGUUUGUACAAAAUAACACCGACUGAGAGUUCUCCUUCAUCUUCCCUUUUGCCCUCUAAGCAAAGAACCAAUUUUUUUUUUUAUAUUUUCUUGUUAACGAAAAAAAUCAUCAUCAUUGCCUAAAAAGCCAUAAGCCGUCGUACUAUUGUGCACACACGUUGUCUUGUUCUAUUCCCUGAAUUUUUAGUUUGUUUGAUUUUUUUUUGUUUCAUCUAAAAAAAUCCAUCCUGUUCCAAAUAUAUCGAUUUAACAAAAAUGGCUUACCUUCAAUCAACUCGUGUUUCAAACCACAUUAUUCGAUCAAUGCUUUUGGGCCGAUCAAGUGUUCGUUGUAUGUCCGGUAGCAUUCAACAACAAAUAAAUGUUACAAAUGAAAAAUUAAACACAUCAUCAUCAUCAUUGAUUCCCAGUCGUGGUUUGCAUACAUCAUUGGUACGACGAGAUAUUGAUUCAGCAGCCAAAUUUAUUGGUGCUGGUGCUGCUACAGUCGGUGUUGCUGGUUCAGGUGCCGGUAUUGGUUCUGUAUUUGGUGGUUUAGUUGUCGGUUAUGCUAGAAAUCCAUCGCUCAAACAACAACUUUUCUCAUAUGCCAUUUUAGGUUUCGCCUUAUCCGAAGCUAUGGGUCUUUUCUGUCUUAUGAUGGCUUUCCUUUUAUUGUUUGCUUUCUAAAUAAAAAAAUCCUGAAUCGGUAAACAUACACCCAAUACAUUCAAUACAAACACACACAAACAUACACCAACCACCUUCAAAUCAUAAAACAUUUUUAAAAAAACAAUAAUGACCAUCAAAAUAUCUUAACAUCAAUUUUGUAUGUAGGGUCAUUUUUUUACCUUAACAACAACAACAACAAUAUGGGAAGCAUCAGCAAAAGCAGAAAUAAUAAAAUAUAUAAAAAAACGUGUAAUGUAAUGGAAAGAAUAAGUU